GUCUCUUCUCCUGCCUUGAUUAUCUGAUUUAUCCGUACAUUCUCUACACAAAGUUUAUCAGUUCAUUCGCAUUGCUUUAGCUAUUCCAUCACUCGCAGAUUACAAUCUGCAAUUUCGAGAUACCCCAUUUGUAUUUUGAAUUAUUCUUUUGAUUUGGAUGUGAUAGGAGAAUGCAUUUUUCGGUGAUAUACUGAUAAAAUCUGCGAUUUUGGAUGGUGGAAUUAGGGCUUUCCUAGAACAUGCUCACUCUGCGACUAAUUCGCAGGUUUGGCGCCGUACACCGUAAUCUCGCCGCCGCAGCUUUUUCUUCAUUCGUUGGAAAAAUUAGUGAUGUUAGCAGUAGAGCUGGAAAACCUAGUUCAGUAGAUGAGCCUGCAUUGGUUAAACUAAAGAAGGAAAGGGACCCUGAGAAGUUGUUCAAUUUGUUUAAGGCUAAUGCCACAAAUAAGGUUGUUGUUGAGAACCGAUUUAUCUUUGAGGACACGGUCUCUAGGUUAGCUGGGGCAGGCCGGCUUGAUUAUAUUGAGAUCUUGCUUGAGCAUCAGAAGACUCUGCCACAGGGUCGUCGGGAAGGGUUCACUAUACGAAUAAUAAUGUUGUAUGGGAGGGCUAGAAUGACUAAACAUGCUGUCAAUACGUUUUGUGAUAUGCAUUUGUAUGGUUGUGUGCGGACCGUUAAGUCAUUUAAUGCUGCUUUGAAGGUAUUGACUGACUCUCGGGAUUUGCAGGCGAUUGAUUGGUUUCUAAAUGAUGUUCCUGGUAGAUUUGGAAUUGUGCUAGAUGCAUAUUCGUUUAAUAUUGUUAUCAAGGGUUUCUGUGAGAUGGGUAUACUGGAUAAGGCGUUUCUUGUCAUGGCUGGGAUGGGAACAUGGGGACUAGCUCCUGAUGUUUUCACGUACACCUCGCUUAUAGAGGCCUGUUACAAGUCGAACUGGCCAGAGAUUGCAAAUGGGCUGUGGAGCCGGAUGGUGUUAAAAGGUUGUCUUCCCAAUAUUGCAACCUUCAAUGUGAGGAUUCAGUUCUUGGUAAAUAAGGGGCGGACAUGGGACGCUAAUAAGUUGUUGGAUUUCAUGCGGAGAUUGAAGAAAUCUCCUGAGUUUCCUGAUGAGAUCACAUAUAAUUUGGUGAUCAAAGGUUUCUGCAAAAUGGGAAAUCUAAAAAUGGCUAUGUAUGUGUAUUCUGCUUUUAGGAGUGAGGGCUACAAGCCAAAUCAAAAAAUUUACCAAACCUUGAUCCAUUAUUUCUGUGAAGCAAGAGAAUUCGACAUGGCAUACAACAUGUGUAAACAAAGUAUGGAGAACAACUGGUAUCCUAGUGUGGGUACCAUUAACAAUCUGAUCGAAGGCCUGGUCAGAGAUGGAAAACUCGAGAAGCUUGAUAAAGCGAAACAUAUUUAUAGUCUUUCUUUGAAAAGGAAGCCUCCUUUUAAUCCGGCUCAAAUUGAACUCAUGAAAUCCAUAGUAUCAAGGAAAUGAACUAAUUUAUUGUAUGGGUCAGCCGUCUCAUUGGGAGAUAAUUUAAUUGAUUGGUUAUGAAGCAAGGUUGGUUUUAGCCUUGCCCUUGAGAUACUAUCUCUGAUGACUGCAUGGAAUUUCUUCAGUCCGAUUCUGGUUGUGCCCAAAUGAGUUCUUAGUGAGAUGAAAACUCUAAGAGGACAGCUCACUAAAUUGUUUGAGGUGAUUGCUGGAUGCAGCCAGCGACUCCCGUUUGAUUAUGAUGAAGCUCUAACAGUUGAGAAAGGCCAGCUGCCUAUUCCUGUACCACGAGUUCGACUUAAGCUUGUUUCAUGCCAGUUGUGUUUGCAUAAUUUUGAAACUAGACUACUAUGAUAAGAUGUAGUGUUAUGUUGAUUUCCUUGCACAGUUGGCAUCUUAAUGCUGAUUAGAGGCGUUUGCUUGUAAUGACUUGUACUUGUAUUAAUUAUAACCAGUAACCACCAUUG